GAAAAUAUGGCGGAGACAGGGCGACAUCUGGAUGAGGCCCGAUCAAUUUCUGAGUGCGUGGAUCUUCCCAAACCUUGAUCGAUUACAUGAUAGAAGAUGGCAGUCUUGUAUGUCCGGUAAAGAUUUCUGUAGAUCUGCGGUGUGGUUCCUGACUUGGGAAUUAUGGGUAAAAAGCUCCGGAUUCAGCUGCUAGGGAUCGUUUUCCUCGUAUCGUCUGUUUGGAUGUUUGUAACGCUAUUUCUGUUUGACAUUGAAGAUGAAAUAAAUAAAACUAGAUUUAAAAAAUUUGAUCCAAAUGAUGUAAAGGUUGCAAACGUCAUCAAGAAACCUGAUAAAAUUGGACAUCUUCGCGAUCAUUUAAAUAAACCACAUUUUAAUCAAUCGGUAUUGCUAAAACGCCGAGAAAACUUGAAACGAAAGGAAAUUUUACGGAAAUGGAAGAAUGAAUUGUCAUUUAAGGCAAUGUCGAAAGAUGUUAACAAGAACUCAAAUAGUCAACAGAUUCAAAAUUCAUCCGGUUUCAAGUCAACAGCUAUUGCAAGAGACCACGAAAAGCAACCCAUUAAUUCGAAAUAUCUCGUACAACGGAAUUCAUCAAUUGUCAAAGAGAAAAAUACAACAUUGGUUUCUGUGAAAAUUUCUGAGCGAGACAGACUCCGACACCUAGAGAAACUAGCACCACCUGAUGCCCCAGGUGAGUUUGGAAAUCCUGUUCAAAUCGACAGACGGAAGCUUUCGCCGGAACAACAAAAACGUUACGAUGAACUGUUCAAGAGGAACUCCUUCAAUCAGUACGCCAGUGACAUGAUCUCCGUACACCGGAGGCUGCCCGAUAUCAGGAACCCCAGUUGUAAACAGGAGAUUUACCCUGAAAACUUACCUUCCACCAGUAUCAUCAUUUGUUUCCACAACGAGGCUUGGUCUGUAUUACUCCGCACGGUCCACAGCAUAUUGAACCGAACUCCAUUACACCUUAUUCAUGAAAUUCUGUUGGUGGACGACUUCUCUGAUUUAGAAUUUUUAAAGACAGAACUAGACGAAUACUUGGCAGAAAAUGGGAAGGGAAAAGUUCGUGUGGUCAGAACACCGAAACGUGAAGGUUUGAUCCGCGCCCGACUUCUGGGGUACGGGGAGGCCACAGGAGAGAUACUUACCUUUCUGGACUCCCACAUCGAGUGUUUUCCAGGUUGGCUAGAACCAUUGUUGGCAAGAGUUGCAGAAAAUCAUACACGAGUUGUGGCCCCUGUGAUAGAUAUGAUAAGUGAUCGAUCUCUAGCAUGCGGUGGUAACGAGAUCGGAAAUCUGGGGACAUUCGAAAUCGCCAACAUGGGAUUCAAUGGGCUGACUCUAAACAAAACAGAAAAAGCCAAGCAUGGCCAAUCUGAACCUUGGAAAACGCCUACAAUUGCCGGUGGGUUAUUUUCCAUGAAUCGAGCGUACUUCACCAAGAUGGGGACCUAUGAUCAUGGAAUGGAUAUCUGGGGAGGAGAAAACCUAGAGAUCUCGUUCAGGGUCUGGAUGUGUGGAGGAAGCCUCGAGAUCCACCCCUGUUCGCACGUCGCCCAUUUAUUCCGUUCCAUGAGUCCUUACAAAUGGGGCAAAAGUUUCAGAGAUAUUUUGCGCAAAAAUGCGGUGCGCACAGCGGAGGUCUGGAUGGACGAAUAUAAGCACAUCUAUUACGAAAGACUCAACUACGAUCUGGGGGACUAUGGAGAUGUAUCUGAUAGAAAAGACCUACGAAAUCGUCUGGGGUGCAAAAGUUUUGGAUGGUACUUAAAGACAAUGCUACCAGACAUGAAACUUCCCGAAACAGCUCUGUACAGCGGCGAAGUACGUAACAUGGGGAAAGGGCUGUGUCUGGAUACCAUGGGAACGACCGCAGGGAACAAGUUCCAGGCGAUACCUUGUCACCACCAGGGCGGAAACCAGUUUUUCAGGUUCACCGUUAACGGGCACAUUGAGAGAGACUCCGCCUGUCUCACGGACCAAGACGGGACUCUGCUCUAUGUUCUGUGUAAAAGAAACGUCACAAAAUGGGAAUAUACUCAGAACUGCUGGAUUUCCUUAUUCUGCUGUGGACUAGGAAUAGGAAGUUUGACCUUUCCUUCCUUCAAGGCUGUGUAG